AUAUGUCGGCUACUGAAUUAUGAUAUGACUAUGGAGAGCGUAUCGAGUUGUAGUUUUGUAAUUUAUACUAUGUUAGUUCGUAGACAAAUCAUUAAUGUAAAUAAUUUUUGUUUAUAACUUCUCUCAUUGUUAAAUCGUAAUAAAUUCGUAUAUAGAUAUAAAAACAUAUUUAUUACCCGACCCAGUGUUUUGAAGGUGUACGCGUCAUUGGUGAUCGGGCCUGUGUCUAGUUGGGUUAUGUUUUAUGUUGAAUGAUUUGGUGAUAAAUUGAAAAGUUAUAACCAUGUCAUUUCCACCACGGCCGCCAAUGGUUCCAUACGGAAUUGCACCAGGCAUGGUCACCAUGCCAAUGGCUACUCACAUGAUGGUUGGCGCCUAUGGAGCUAGCAGCAUGACUGGUGGCCGGGGUGCACUGCUGCCUGCACCUCCCGCACCCCCAACCAGCCAAGCCAAACCCAUGCGCCUCGUCAGACCACAAAAUGGGGCAAAUGAAGGACCCCCUGUUACUGUUUUUAUUGGCAACAUCUCGGGGCGAGCGCCCGACGCCAUGAUCCGCGCGUUGCUGAGCGCCUGCGGGCCUCUGGCUAGCUGGAAGCGUGUGAGCACCUUCGGCUUCAGCGAGUUCCCCGGGCCCGAGGCCGCCUUGCGCUGCGUGAGGCUGCUGCACGACCGGCAGCUGGCUGACAAGAAGCUGGUGGCACGCGUCGACGGCAAGAUGCAGGCGCUCGUAGACACCUACAAGACGGAGCAACGAUCCCGCAUCGACGCGGAGGAGGCGAGCGGGGGUGCGUCCGCGGGCGUAGGCGAGGGUUCCUACCUGGACGCCAAGCAGCGCGGCAUGGACGAGAGCGCGGAGAAGAACAUCGCGCAGAUCUACCGCGACUACCAGGAGGAUAUCAACAACUACGAGAUCCUGCAGAAGGAGGAGGCUAUCUCCAAGACGGCCCGCGUGCUGGAGAGUGCCGACAUAUCGGAGGAGAAGCGUGACGUCAUCCACCGUGAGAUUGGCAAGUUCCGCGAGAGCAUGAAGGAAGAGGCCCACGUGGUGGGGGGGCGACGUAAGAAAGACUCGAAGGAGGACAAGACAGAGCGUGAGAGGGAGAAGGAGAAAGAUAAAGACAGGGACAGGGAGCGAGACAAGGACAAGGAGAGAGACAAGGACAAGGAGAGGGACCGAGAACGUGAGCGCGAUAGGGAUCGGGAAAGAGAAAGGGACCGCGAGCGGGAACGGGAGCGGGAACGGGAGCGCGAGCGGGACCGCGACAAAGAGCGAGACAGAGAUCGCGAUAAGUCCGUAUCUCGAAGACGGAGAAGUGUGUCCAGAAGUAAAGAUCGUGAUCGGGAGCGGGAGCGAGAAAGAGAACGCGAGGAGAGGGAGAAGGAGCGUGAGAGAGAGAGGGAGAGGGAAAGAGAGAAGGAGCGGGAGCGGGAGAGGGAAAGAGAGGCGCGCGAGAGAGAGCGGGAACGAGAGGCUCGCGAGAGGGAGAGAGAGAGGGAGCAGCGGGAGAGGGAGCGCGAACGAGAGCGAGAACGCGAAAGAGAACGCGAACGCGACCGAGAUAGGGACAGAGAUAGGGACAGAGAGCGGGACAGGGAAAGGGGCAAGGGUGAGACCGACGCGCGGCGAGAGAAGGAGAUAGAGGAGGAGAUCAGAGACAAAAAGAGAUUGGAGAAGAAAGCUAGAGAGAAGGAAGCCGCUUAUCAAGAGCGGUUACGCAACUGGGAGAGCCGUGAGCGACGAAAGGCGAAAGAGUACGAGAGGGAGACAGAGAGGGAGCGAUGCCGGGAGGAGGAGAGAGAGAAGGAGGCAAAGAGACUCAAGCAGUUCCUCGAAGAUUACGACGACGAGCGCGACGACCAUAAAUACUACAAAACUAAAGAGCUUCAGCGUCGCUUGAGUGCGCGCGUUCGUGAGGCCGAGAGCGACGCGCGCGAGCGGCAGCGGGAGCGGGAAGAACUGGACGCGCUGCGGGACGAGAUCUACGGCAGUCGGCCGGACGACGACCCCGCCGCACGCGCCGCCUUCGACCAGGCACGCAAGGAACGCGAAGAGUUAUACAAACCGCGGCUGUUGGUCGACCUGACGCUAGACCAGGAGCUGCAGCAGGAGCGAGAGAAACAGCGUGCGUCGCAACGAGAGCGAGCGAGACAGCAAGCGCGAGAGCGCGCGGAGCGGGACAGAGAGAGGUAUUUACGGACGCGCGCCGAGCGGGACCUGCCCACCGAGGCCGAGCCCAUCGACAGUGACGACAGCGGAGGCGGAGCGGGCGACGCCGACGUAGAGAUGGAGGAGGAGCCGGAGGAGGGGCGCUCGGGGGACGGGUCACUGACCCCGCCGCGCACGCCGCCGCGACACCGGCACAGGCACCGCAGGCAUCGCCACCACACCGCGUCAGGUGGCGCCACUCCUCCGCGCCCGCCUUCUCCCGACCUGAGCCCGCACGAUAGAUACGGCGAGGGUGUGAGUGGAUCAACAUCGGCCGCACCGGUGGGCGUGUCCGUAGGCGGGGCGUCGGUUGGCAGCUCGCCAAUCUCCAUCAGCUUCCGCAACAAGUCACCUGCCAACACACCCAACGCGGAGAUGGGUGGACCUGCGACGGGGGCUACGAGACGAGUGCACGCGGCCUUCGUCGACGACGACGACACGCUCCCGCCACGACACCGACACGGUAAAGAUAAAAAGGAAAAACGAAAACGAGAAAGCAGCGAAAGCGGUGACAAAGAGAAAGAAGGAGGAAGUGGAAGCGAAAAGGAGAAAGAGAAUAAGUCGGCGGAGGAGAAACGGAAACAAGUGAAGAGUCUGAUCGAUAAGAUACCCACGCAGAAGGAACUGCUCUUCCAGUACAAGCUCGACACGGACCAGAUCGAUAACAAUCUGAUGGAGAAGAAGAUCCGGCCGUGGAUCAACAAGAAGAUCAUAGAAUACAUCGGCGAACCAGAACCCACUCUGGUGGACUUCAUCUGCAGCAAGGUGCUCGCAGGCAGCGCGCCGCAGGGGAUCCUCGACGAUGUGCAGAUGGUGCUAGACGAGGAGGCGGAGGUGUUCGUGGUCAAGAUGUGGCGGCUACUCAUCUACGAAUUAGAAGCGAAGCGCGCCAACCUCUCAAAGUGAUCACCUGCUCCGGUCGGUCACUACUAAAUAACAAACGUACUGUAAUUAGUUAAUUAUAGAAUAACUGGUUCAAAAUAAUAAAGUCUGAUUCGUUUCAACAGCCCGAGUUUUAGUCGAACGAUCAAUAGAAAUCAAGGCGUUUGCCCGCUACAUUGUACCACACCGGAUCCGGAUUGGGUCUUGUGAAGAAUAAAUUAAAAUUUGGAUUGAAAAUUAUAUAUUUCAAUAGACCGUUCUGUAAUCGAUCACCGAGCGGCAUCUAUUGUGUGAUUCCCUGGUGAUACGUUCUGGUGGGCAUAGUAGUCCUUAUUGUGUUCCUACUACCCUGCUAUGACCGCAUCAAUCGUCUCUGAUACGGUCAUAGCACGGUCAUGGUGUGACACUAUGCAGUGGGCAGACUGCUUAAAACACUGACCUGUAUAAAUACCACAGGACAGGCUGUUCCAUAUGUUUGACAGCAAAUUUUUUGUGCCUAUUUGAAGCGCCACUCGUGAGCGUCCAGAGAACUAAUUUUAACGUGUAAUACAAAUGGCUGCGAAGGAACGUACAAUACUCUGAAGUAUUUUUGCAUUUUGAAUCAAUUUCGUUCGUUUUCCGUGUUAUUUAUACUUCUGGACUCAACGUAAUAAAGUACACAAUUUUUUUUUGUAAAUAGUUUCCCACCAUCUAUCGAUGUUGCUGAGGUUGUCAUCAUUAGUUUUAGUACUGCAGGCUCUCGCUACAUGGCCAACAGCGCCAAAAUGGCGAAUAUCAAACAGGCACAAAACCACUUUGACAUCUGCCAGUCCAGUGGUAUAUAGUAGAGGUCAGUAGCUUAAAACUAUGACUGACAAAUACUGUGAUGUCACAAUGAUUUAUCUGAUUGUUUUUGAAUUUGAAAUAUUCAUUUUUAUUAACUAUUGUCGACAUUAAACUCAAUAUUGACGUAUAAAAAACAUGGUAUUUAUACUGUAAAUAACUCUGUAUUUGCACUUUGACAGGUUUUUUGAGUUCCCUGACGAAUUUCUACCUCGCUUUUCACGUGAUUGGAAAUGGGAUACCGUAUUACCGGAUUAACAGUAUUUGAAGGAACAGAAGAAUUAAAAUACAACUGUAUAAAAAUGGGAAGAUCAAAAUAAUAUCUACCAACUACUUAUUAAUGACUAUUCGCCCAUUACCACCACGUUGAAAUAUCAGUUAUAAAAUUAAUAUAUUUUUUCAAAAUUAAUGUGGGUGUCUAAUCACCACCACCAACCACUUAAAAACUUGGAAAAUAAAUGGUGUUCUGAGAGUUAACAGAAGGAAUAAAAGGAAACUCAAAAAUCCUUCAGACGCUUUUAAAAUCCCGUUAAUAUGAUAGUGCUAUUUUUUAUGUAUGUAUAAAGUAUAUUAUGCAGUAUGUAUGUUUGGACAUUUGCACAGCAUACUGAUUUGGGUAAUCAACUGGGGUUUUGUGAUGCUGUCUGUGUCUGGCGGUUAUAAGUCUAAAUCAAUAGAGAAAAUAAUCUUAAAUGGCGGUUUGUACUUCUAACUACAGCAGUACGGUUAGUAAAAAAGUAAUUCGAAUGUACUAUCGCUAUAUAUUUGUGCCAUUACAUUUUUUCGCGAGUUCAGAUGGAAAUAGGGUGUGCCAACAUAAUAAGUCCCGCCAUUUUAAACAUUUCUGUAUUGACUCUUAUACGAGUAUUAAUGUUUGUGUCGGAUCGAGACAAGACUCAAUGAAUUUUCGAAUUUAUCUGUUAACCGGCGUGUAAAUAAUAAAUAACUAUAGACGCCUGCAUCUAUAAUGCUGAAUAUUGAAUUUCUUGGCAAUAAAUUUUAAGACAAUAUAAUUUAUUUCAAUCACUGUUUAUUGUACGUUUGAACAGAUUGCCUUCAUUGUGAAUUUGACUUGAAAGUGUUGACGUAAUUGACGAAAUUACGGAUUAACUUGGAGUUAGAUAUUUUUGUUAUCAUUAUAAUAAGCAACUUCCCAGUGCUACCUACCACCACGUAGAAUUUACUUUGUUUAAUUUGACUAUUGAGACGUAUAGACAUUAGACGGAGACGCCUAAUAAAUUUAAAAUGUCACGAAAAAAUGUUUAUUACAGUACAAGGAAAACUCUUGUCAAAUCUUGAGUAACUUUGCUUCUUAUAAAUUUCAAUUUUAAUCUAUUUACUGUAAAACGGCACCCUAUGAUGGCUGUUUUGACAAUUACAAUACAAACACACAUAAAGAACAACAAUUUACUUCCUUCUAGUGUAGUUAUAAAAAAAAUCCUUUUGUUCAUCCUUAAACAAAUAAUUGGCUUACAAAUUGACAAGUUUUAUACAUACAUUCUAAUUUUUUUUAUGAUUUUUUGAAUAUUUAUCAAAUUAAAAAUUAAAAUUCACUAUUAUAUAAAUUAAAUGAGUUGUGUAUGUAGGUAAUAUUUAUUAAUUAACCUUAAAAUAUAAUAUAAUAAUCAUUAGAUUAGAAUGUCGUUUAUAAUUAUUAUUGUUUUUAUUUUUAUUUUAAGGAUCUCAAUGAGACCUCCUCCAGAGUUUUCCAAGUCUUCCUAUCUAGAGUAGUUAUCAGUUUAAUAAACUUAACGAACGGAUAAUCGUUAAAACGGCCACCAUAGCCCCUCAUUAGUUUAAUAAUGAUGUUCUCCUUAAAGAAUGGGAUUGUAAAUAGCGUCAUCUAUUUCGCUCAUAAAUUAUAAUCACACGUGUUGGUAUCGAGUGCAAAAAUUUAUGAUUUACGUACAUUACAUAAGAGUUAAUGAAUAGAUUGUUAUCGUAAAAUUGUUCAUGUAUUAAUAUGCUGACGGUACAAGCCAAAUGAGCUGUCAUGUCUAUUCCCGUUGAGUAUGAAUACUACGCAUAGUGUAAUGCGCGGAUAUGCGAUUGUGCGAGCGAGACAGAUCUAGUUUUGAACGUGUUGUAACAACGCCUCUGUCGCUGCUGAGUGCAUGAGUGAGAGAGACGUUACAUGUUUUGUAAGUUCACGAUAGUGUUACGGUAAUAAAAUAUAAAUAUUAUUGAA